AUGUCGUCCUUUACGAUCCCCGAGACCCAGUGGGCCCAAGUCAUCGAACAACCCGGCGCAUCCCCCGUGUACAAGCAAAUUCCCGUCCCUAAGCCUGGCCCCGAUGAAGUCCUCGUGAAGAUCAGGUACACCGGUGUCUGCCACACCGACCUCCACGCCAUGAACGGCGACUGGCCCAUGCCCGUGAAGAAGAACCUAGUCGGUGGCCACGAAGGCGCCGGUGUCGUUGUCGCAACGGGCUCUCUCGUCAAGGGAAUUGAAGUCGGCGAUCACGCCGGCAUCAAAUGGUUGAACGGCUCCUGUCUCUCAUGCGAGUACUGCAAAACCUCCGAUGAGCCGUUGUGUCCCGAUGCCCAGCUGUCCGGAUACACGGUUGACGGCACCUUCCAGCAGUACGCAAUUGGUAAGGCGGCGCAUGUAUUGAAGUUGUCCAAGGACAUCCCACUUGACACGAUUUCGCCUAUCCUGUGCGCUGGUAUCACUGUCUACAAGGCUCUCAAGGAGUCCGGUGUGCGUCCUGGUCAGACGGUUGCGAUUGUUGGUGCUGGUGGUGGUCUUGGCUCGCUUGGACAGCAGUAUGCUAAAGCAAUGGGCUUGCGUGUGAUUGCUAUUGAUGGUGGCGAGGAGAAGAAAGCCAUGUGUCUACAGCUGGGAGCAGAGACCUACGUCGACUUCACCAAGUCUACCGACGUCAUUGCAGAUGUCAAGGCUGCCACCCCCGGUGGCCUAGGUGCCCACGCCGUGCUCUUGCUUGCUGUCGCUGAGAAGCCUUUCCAGCAAGCUGUCGAAUACGCUCGCUCGCGUGGUACCAUUGUCGCCAUUGGCCUUCCCGCCAAUGCAUUCCUCAAGGCCCCUGUUUUCGAAACCGUGGUCAGGAUGAUCAACAUCAAGGGCAGCUACGUCGGUAACCGCCAGGAUGGCGAGGAGGCCGUUGAAUUCUUUGCGCGUGGCUUGAUCAACGCUCCUUUCAAGACUGUUCCUCUGAAGGAGCUACCUGAGGUCUUUGAGCUCAUGAAGCAAGGCAAGAUCGCUGGCCGCUACGUCCUCGAGGUCCCUGAAUAG